AGCCACGUUUGGCACAUGAUAAGAGUGUUUAUAGCUGACACUACAAGGGGCAAGUGAGCCUUUCUAUUAAAGAGAGUGUCAGGAAAAGAAGAGCCCAUCUUUGUUGCUGGACCUAGGCAAGAUGCGUGAAAUUGUGCAUGUCCAGAUCGGCCAGUGCGGGAAUCAGAUUGGUGCUAAGUUCUGGGAAGUCAUCAGCGAUGAGCAUGGAAUUGACACCACGGGAAAUUACCACGGUGAUUCACCAUUGCAGCAGGAAAGAAUUAAUGUGUAUUUCAAUGAAGCUUACUCUCAUAAGUAUGUUCCUCGUGCUGUUCUGGUAGACUUGGAGCCUGGAACCAUGGACAGUGUGCGGUCCAGCAAAAUAGGUCCACUCUUUCGGCCUGAUAACUUCAUUCAUGGAAAUUCAGGUGCUGGAAACAAUUGGGCAAAGGGUCAUUAUACUGAAGGGGCUGAAUUGAUUGAAAAUGUAAUGGACAUCGUGAGGAAUGAAUCUGAAGGAUGUGACUGCCUCCAGGGCUUUCAGCUGAUCCAUUCUCUUGGAGGUGGGACAGGGUCUGGAAUGGGCACUCUUCUGAUUAACAAGAUCAAAGAAGAAUAUCCUGAUAGGAUUAUGAACACUUUCAGUGUAGUGCCCUCACCCAAAGUUUCGGACACUGUCGUUGAACCAUACAAUGCCAUCUUAUCUAUCCACCAGUUGAUAGAGAAUACAGAUGAAACCUUCUGCAUUGACAAUGAAGCUCUGUAUGACAUCUGCUUUAGAACACUGAAGCUCCCCACACCAACCUAUGGAGACCUAAACCACUUGGUGUCUCUCACCAUGAGUGGUGUCACUACCUCGCUUCGCUUUCCUGGCCAACUCAAUGCAGACUUGAGGAAGCUGGCAGUCAAUAUGGUGCCUUUCCCCAGACUUCACUUCUUUAUGCCAGGAUUUGCUCCACUAACAGCUCGAGGCAGUCAACAAUACCGAGCUCUCUCAGUCCCAGAACUUACACAACAGAUGUUUGAUGCUCGGAAUAUGAUGGCAGCUUGUGACCCACGUUAUGGGCGGUAUUUGACUGUGGCGUGCAUCUUCAGAGGCCAGAUGUCUACGAGGGAGGUGGAUGAGCAGCUAUUGUCUGUGCAGAAUAAAAAUAGCAGCCACUUUGUGGAAUGGAUCCCCAACAAUGUUAAAGUGGCUGUUUGUGACAUUCCUCCUCGUGGGCUAAAAAUGUCUGCCACCUUCAUAGGCAAUAACACAGCCAUUCAGCAGCUCUUCAGUCGUAUCUCUGAUCAGUUCUCAGCAAUGUUCAGAAGAAAAGCAUUUCUCCACUGGUACACUGGUGAAGGGAUGGAUGAAAUGGAAUUUUCUGAGGCAGAAGGCAACACGAAUGACUUGGUUUCAGAGUACCAACAGUAUCAGGAUGCAAAAGCAGAUGUAGAAGAAUAUGAGGAAGUGGAGGAGGAGGUCAGGGAAGAAGAAAAGGAAACAGCUUAAAUGGAAGAGCAAAGACUGACCUUUGGUCUUUAAAAAUAACAAUACUUUACUAAUAUGUGCUGAUUAUCACCAAUUAAAGUGGCCAGAUUCACUUCCAAAAAGAACUUUUAUUAAAUCAAAUGCAGGGACAACCACUACCAUGCAUUAAGCCAAGUUGUAUGUAACCCAGUUUUGAUUUAAAAAUGCAUUGCAGAACUAAUCCAACUGCUUACUUUUUGAUUUAAAUUAAGCAUUUCAACUUGGGCAAAGAGAUGAGUACUUCCUCUGAAUCAGUGCCUUAACUGCUAGUAUUUUUUUUAAAAAAAAGGAAAGGUAAGCAUAUGACACGCUAGAUUAAAAGGGCACAUGAAGGUUUAUCAGCUCUCGCUGCAUGCAAGAAUGACUAGAUUGGGGCAGUAUGUCUCCAUCUAUAUCAAGAGAUACAUCCAAGAGAUACAUCCAGUGUCUGGAUGAAAAUCAAAAUGAGAAUGUAACUGGUCAAAAUAUACAUUUUGCUAUCUCUCUAUCUAGAACCUUGUCACUUGGACACAUCAGCCAGCUUAGCUAGUUUAUCAUUGGAGAAGAUCUGGUGCACUGCUGUUCCCAUUUGUAUUUCACUCAUCUAGUACAUUUAAGCUUUUGCAGGUUAAAGAUGAGCAGCCUAAUGAAUAAAAGCUCUACUUAAGCUGUUAACAAGAAAUUAAAAAAUUAUUGCCCCUUAAUAGUUUAGCUGACCUACAUUUUAUGUGGACUUCUGAACCUAUUAAUUGGACAGACAUUCCUUUCACUGGAUCAGCUCUCCCCAUUAGGCAAGAAAGUAAGAAUGGUACUGCAGGAUGGAACUGAAAGGUCCAAAGUUCUUUUUUUCCACCAGCUAAACAUUCUGGAAAGAGUUCAAGUGAGGCAUGAAGUCAGUUGCCCUCAUCAUCAUCUAUAAACAUAAGUCAGUUGCCUUUGAACACAGAGGUUUUAUUUAACCAUGACAGUUAAAAGCCAUUGAUAGAUUUAGUUUUUAUUAAUUUACCAGUCAUUUAAGGAGUUCUAAAAGUUAUUAUUUCUCCGUUGAACCAAUUAAUAUAACACAUUUAUGCAUUAUGUGAAUACUCUUUUCUCUUUCUUGAAUGUACUAUUAGUUAUCUUCAUUGGAAGAACCACAAAUAUCAACAUAGAAUUAAGAUGACUACCUAACACUACCAAUGUCAUUGCUAAGAAGCUGUUUAUUUCAGUGGGGAGAGCAUGACCAUAGAGGUGAUGCUUUAAACAACAUAUUUUAGACUAAUCCACUUGCAAAUUCACUAAAGCAAUUUUGCUUUAAAUAAAACUAAGAACCCCAUCACAGUUGAAAGAUUAAAUAUGCCCAUUUAUGGGCUGAAGGGCACCAGAUGGGUACAAUACAGUCUGUGAAAGAAGUGUUACUAAAUGUAUCAGGACAUAUUCUAAACACAAUAUGUCCUUGUCUAUGUCUAUGUGUAUGUAUAUAUAUGGAAUUAUGCUUUGUAUUCAUAUAUAUGCACACACACACACACACACACACACGUGUGUGUGGCAAAAGUGAGUUUUCAGUGGUAUGAGCUAAAGUCCUGAAAUGCAAGGGAUGGUGGUAAUUUGUACAUAUUUUCAUUAUAAAAAUAUGAUAGCAUGAUUUACAAGUUUAUUAACUAUAGGAUUUCAUUUAUAGGACAGAAAGCAUAUUCUAUAAUAAAUCUAUUGGCCUUUAAGGUGCUACAGGACUCCGCUAGUUUCUCUGUCAAAGAUUUUUCAAGGGUAGUUUCUUGUAGUUGCUUGUAGAAAUAAAUUUGCAUUUCUCAACUUGAUGUUAGAUGUUCUAGAUGAUAUACUGGCAGCAGAUGCUGAAGUUGAACACACCUCAAAGGAACCAAAUUACAGUGGUCCAGAGGCUCAAGAAAUUAUAGAAUCACCGAACUGGAGAGGGGGACAUGGAGGCUGUCUAGUUUAACUUCCUUCUCAGUGUAGCAUUCAGUAAUUUGUUUAAGCAGUAGCAUUAUAUGAAGCAAACCAUCCCUCCACCAGACAAUUCAGAGGCUGCCAGCUACAGUAUUAACUUACGUUUCUCUUUAUCUUGCAGUUUUGCUUUUCAACUUGAAGUGUACUUCAGUGCAUUAUGCAAAUUUCUGUUGAAUAUUUAUACAAAGUAUUUAUUUUCCCGUAGUAUAAAACUGAUUUUGCUAGCAGAAAAAAGGAGAAAUACUUCUCUUAGCUGCCAUUUAUUUUACUCAUAAUUUUGAUUUUAUUUAAGCUAAUGUUACAGUGCAAGUACUAUACAAUAUCCAAUAAAAAUGAGAUUAAACAGAGUUUGUAUCCAUUUCCAUGACUUAAAAAACAUCUUGCAGUUUGCACUGUUUGUAGAAAUUAGAUUAUUCCACCAUUUCCCAAAGUUCUCAGAGAAGGUUGUCUCUAUAGAUGUCUAAAACACUUCCAAUUCCCCCUCCCUUUUUACUUUCUCAACAAAUUGGGAAAAGAUGAUGAGUCACCACCUUAAUUGCUGGCAGUGUUACUUUCUUCAAAUGCUUCUUAUGUGGGUGUGACUGAACUGUUGAAUUUUUGUUUCAUCAGUCCAAGGCAUUUUGUUCCAAAACAUUUCAGAUUUAUCAACAUUUUCUUUUGCAUACUUUAGAUGCAUAGUUUGGGGAUGAAACUGGACUAAAGAUCUCCUUCUGACAAUUCUCCCAUACAGAUCACUCUUGGUGAUCCAUGGUGUACCUAACCUAUUGAAUCUGUAAUGUAAAGUAAGUACAUUACAUUGAAAACUGCAUGUAAAUAAGCAUGCAUUCAAGCUUAGGGGAAAAUAUCAUAUUUAACUUUGUGCCAUGUAGCAGCUUCUCUUCGCUUGGGAAUUCACUGAAACACACAAAUUGACCACAUCUGAAAGCUUAGGGCACCUAACUUUUGCAGGAAAUCCUAUGUAGCAACUUAAGUGCUAAAAGAUUUAAAGCUAGCAUUCUACAGUAUUAAGGGACUGUGAGUUCAUUGAACACAGCUUUGGAUGUUAUCUGUUGAAGCUGCUCUUUUAAUAUAGGAAAACUACUUGUUGCCAUAGAUUAAAAA